CUAACAGUGUGCCAAAUUUCAUGAUUUUAUCAUCAAAAGCACAAUUCUUUCAGAUAUUUCACAUAUCUGCUGGACUAUAAGUAUGAGUCUCAGAAGUGUUGUCCUUAGCCUUGUUCUCCAGCGUGGGAACCUGAACACACGUCUGAAGAAGCUGGAUGAGAAGGAGGACUACGCAGCCAUCAUCCUGGCUGCUGCUGGCCUCGGGAGGAUGGGCUGGGACGACCGCAUCAGCCAGAUCCUGGGGCCUGAAGACUGUAUGUACGCUGUUGGACAGGGGGCUCUGGCAGUGGAGGUUCGGGCCAGAGACUUAGACAUCCUGGAGAUGGUGUCGGUCCUCCAUCACCCGGAAACUGUGCUGCGCUGCAUCACUGAGAGAGCUUUCCUCAGAUGCCUGGAGGGUGGGUGCAGUGUUCCGGUGGCAGUAAACACUGAAGUGAAGGACUCUCAGCUCUACCUGACGGGGGCAGUGUACAGCCUGGAUGGCUCAGACAGUCUGAAGGAAACCAUGCAGACAAGCAUCGCUGCUGAUGACAAGAGCGUGGACGAGGAAGUGGACGAGCGUGUGCAGCGUGUGGGAGUGACAGCCAGUAAGAUCUGCGGAGGCGCCCAGGACCGGGCUGAGCGGCUGGGGAUCGACCUCGCCAACCUCCUGCUGAGCAAAGGAGCCAAGGAGAUCCUGACGGUGGCCCGACAGCUCAACGACGCCAGAUAAUCCCGCCCCCCUGGAGGGCAAGGCUCUGGAGGAGAUUGGGUCCUGGAGUGCAGUCAGCCACAGCCAAGUAAAAUCUUGAAUUCCUACACAUUUGACUUUGCGCGAGAAAACGAACAACUUUGCUGCCCCUUGUGAGCUAAAUCAAGAAAAUAUUGAGGAUUUUAAACUACUUGAACCAAAGUCCUGCAUAGUUUGGUCAUAAUCAGCUUGUUAAGAGUCACUAUGGGUCCCAGCCUUUUACAUGAAUACCUCAUGGAACCAUCACCUGAGCCAUUUAGAACCCACCUUAAUACAAAAUGGCCUUCCAACAUCGUCCUCAGCAAUACAGUACCAUCAUUGACUGAUAUCCUUACAAUAAAAUCCCUUUUUUAAAGCAUAUCAGAAUCAGAUUAUUAAAAUGGUAUGCCACUUGAAUUCAACGUUUUCGUACUCUUUUUCCCAACAUAACCAAUCAGUGUCCAUUAGACCUCUUCUUUUGCUUUUUACAUUCUCCGUUGGAAAGGCUUGCUUUGAUGGUACCAAAGAUUCCGGGGAUGUGUGCAAAUUGUUUCGAGUGCAGUAGGCAUACGCUGCACUGAAAAUGGGCCUCAUUUAGGUGUGAAAGUUGAGAAAUGUAAAUAUAAAUGUGAAUUCAGUUGUGAAAAAUAGUAUUUUUUUCUAGAAGCUUCAACUUUUUUCAUCCAGCUCAAGUUGAAUGCAUCAUUGUCAGCUAUGGAGGCUAUUUUAGACUUUGCUAGUUCCCUUUUUACAGAGAAAGAAUAUAUUUAAUACACAUGAUGAGAACCUUGUGGGAGGAUUUUGUUUUACUCUGUUGGUUAACGCUGGAGCAAUAAAUGCUACUUUUUUUGUGCACUGAGCUGUUAUACUGCAAAAGAUUGUCCUGUUCAUUAUUUGCUGAUGUCUCUUAGAAGCACCAGUUAGGCUUAUGAUAUUUAAAUAUGGUGUACAUGCUACAUUUGUGUGUAAAGUAUGUAAUCGACUGUUUAUAAGGUAUAGUACACAGGACUGAACUCGUCAACUGGCAGUAGGGGUAAUUACCGUUGUUAGAAAUGUUAAGUGGCCAAACAAAACCUUAUUUAACUGAAAAAUACUACAGGUUAUUUCUUUACAUUAUGAAUGUUUACGGCUGCAUUGCCACACUGAAUAAAUAGUCAUCAUUAUGGUCCAAUUUGCAACAUACAAGUUUUUGGUGUAGUUCUUCUAAAGCAUCUUUGCAUUCAUCAAAGAAAACAAAACAUUUAAAAUAAUGCUUAGCUCUGCCUUCUGUAUCUCAUAAUCAUACCAUAUUUUUAUUUUUAUUACGAAAUGAAGAUUCUUGUCGUCAUGUGAUCGUAUUCUUGUAAUUAUGGCUUCUGUAAUUGUAUCACAUUAAAUUACAAAAUACAUAUUUCUUUAUUACGUGAUUUGAAAUUUGUAAUAAUGAAAAAUUGAUCUCUUUUUAUGCUUACAUUAUAUUUUACUCUUUUACUAUGAGAUAUAAUGUCUUAUAUUAAAAUAUCCUAUUAAUUAGACCUUUUCUCAAGUUUUUAGAUGUGGAUGUCCUAAAUAAGAGAAUAUCUCAUUAAGAUAUACAGAAGUCAUAAUUACAAGAAUAUAUACUUUGGUGAAUGUAAUUCAAGUUAACAAGGAAAUGAAUGAAAACACAUUUGUAUUUGCUGUAAUGCAAGAUGCUGUAAUCUUCAUUAUAAAACUGAAGUGUUUCCAAAAGCAAAACAUUUUCAGACUUGUUUAAUUAAAUAAAAAUGUCUUGAAUGCCAUUUUUUGUGUUAGUUUCUAUCAAAGUGCCAUUUCUUCAAAUGUCUUUCUGCAUAUCUGCCUUACUUUUACAAUGCCUGUUCUCCUUCAUUCUGCAUCAGUAUACUCACUGUACAGUUUGUGUGAUGCCAUAUCAUAUUUGUUUUUAUUUUAUAGUUCUUCAUUGUAUAUUUAACCUAAUUUAAACCUCCCGAGACAAUGUUAGCCAUAUUUGUUUUUCAGCUUUAUUUUCUGUAUGAAUUAUCAUAGAAUGUCUCUGUGUUCGGUUUCUGUACCACAGUAUUCAUUGUUGCAACAAUCUUGUAAUUGUUUUGCCAGUUCUGGGAACAUCAUGUCAAAUAAAACCACUGAUUUCAAGAAACAAAUGUCAAUAAAGCUAUGUGUGUUAAACCUGUCAA